UCCCUCUUCCGUUCUCUUCCUUCUCAUUCUUUCUCUCUCUUCUGCUCCUUUUCCCCCUUCCUCGCUUCUCUCUUCUCUUCUUGUAUACUUCCAUUCCCUUCUUCUUCUUCUUCUUCUUCUUCUUCUUCUUCUUUUCUCAUCCACUGUUAUCUCUGACUCUCCUUCAAGAUUUUCACCAAGAAUGCGAAAGCCCAGUUCUCUGAAGCGAGAAUUCCUCUGGAAAUGGAUCAAGGGUCUUCGAAAAUGCAGAUCGUUGAAGAAGAACAUGAGCUUCUUAGAGAGAAAGAAAGCCAUCAAGCUUUCUGCAGAUUUAGCUAUGGCUUCAACCCGGAACGGAGCCACACGGUGGAGCCGAGCCCUUAUAGCCGAAGCUUCCUCGCGAGAUGAGAACAGCUACAACAAAAUCCUCACAGAGCAAAUAGUGGGCUCGCCGGAGAACCAGCGGCUGAAAAAAGGGAAGGUUCUGGUGAGUACGACAUCGUCAUCUGGCCUCUGCAGAACGAGGAAGAUCUUGAAACGUAGCCGUAUGGUGCGCAGAGUAGUGAUGAAGAAGAAGGCAGUGUCAAGAAAGGUGACGGCGAGUUGUAUGCGAAAGAGGCUGGUUCAGAAGAGAACGAGAAAGCUCAAGAGUCUGUUACCAGGAGGAGAAUCCUUGGAUGAUGACGUGGUUUUGAUCGAAGAAAACCCUAGAUUAUAACAAUCUCUGAGAGCUCAAGUUGAAGUCAUGCGAUGUCUGGCCACUGCUUCAGAGCUCAUCAGAUUCGUAAAAAAUGCAUAAAUCAACUUAUAAAUGUAGCCAUUAAUUAAUUUAGCUUCUUUAAUCUUUAUCAAUAUAUAUAGUAUACAUAUAGCUACAUAUUUUCUUGUUCUCUUUUCUAUGGACGAUAUUAAGCGAGAAGGAGGAAAGAGGCCUCUCGGCAAUUAUAUAUGUACAGAACAGUGGAAACAUAUGCAACUGUCAAUCAAAGCAUUUUGGUUUUCCUCAA